AUAAGCUGGUGGAAAAGUUGAAGAUGAAGAAGAAGCAGCUUGCUGGUGGUGCAGGUAUCGGAGUGAUUUUGGCUAAUGAAUGAGGUUUUUUUUUGCAUACACACGUCGUUGUUCACCGGAGAGAAAGGGGGAAGUCUUUGGGCUGUUUUUAGUUUCCAUUCAGCAGUGUCUUGGCUGUAGUGUUGUGUGUGGGGUGGACCACAUAGAGACCGAGUGGAAAGUGUAGGGUUUGUCUGGUUUUGAUCUCUCCCUCUGCUUCGCUGGGACAGGUUGACCGAUUUGUGGUUCCGGUUCCGGGUUCACUACGUGGAUUACAUCAGUGAGAAGUGAUUUGUGUGUGCUUUCGGCUUCCCAAAAUUCACAAAACAUCAAGCUGAUGAAGAAGAAGUGACCCCACAAAGGAAGCACAAUCUGCAGUAAAUAAAAUAAAAAUCAAUUCCACCAGUUUGAGCAAUUCGAGCGGUUUUCAAGCGGGGAGCAGGAAUGUGUCUGAAAACCGGAUUGUGCGACGGAAAGUGAAAGAAUCAAACGAGAUUUAUAUGGAAAAGAAGCAUUAUAGGCAAAAGGUGUCUACGGUGAGCAGCAGUGAAUGAAAUCUCGUGAAGUAAACACACUACUCUCGCGCAUCACAGGGAGGGAGAAAAAAAAAACAGCGAAAUACCACAACCAACCCAAAAGAGCAGCAGCAGGCAGCAGUGACUAGCGGAUUUCUCUGAAAGAAGUCAAGUGAGAGGUGGAGAGGUGAGGAGGUGAGAAAGAGUAUCGGAAAGCGCCACCACCGCAGGGGUAAAUCGGGCGCAGUUUGUACAAACUUGGCAUGAGCAGCAGCGCGGGUGAGCAGUGAGAUUUCGCUUCCAGUUGUGUGAGUCGUGAGAGACGUGUGUUUUGUGACACAACGAACGCGUGACAACCAGCCACAGCCAGUCAAAUUUUGCACAUGUUUUGGGGCAACCAGAAUAACAAGAAAUAACUCCGGCUUGCAGAAGAGUCCGUGUCGUGUUUAGUGCGUCGUCAUGAGAAUGGCCCUGAAACCGGCCGGGGCCCGCUGGACACCAUGAGGAGGUCACCACCACGGACCACGGUGGCUUCUAGCGGCAGGGCUCGACGACGACGACCAUGGACAACGGGGUGGCCAAGUGCAAACGGGUUGUUUCCGUUCCAGUAGUGGCAAGAAAAGUGGAACCAUCCGGCCGGAAGGUCAGCAGCAUCUACGAAACGUGAGCUGCAGCUAGAAAUCUAGAAGGAAGAAAAGCGAAAAGAGGGCUGGCGAUGACGAAGAAAUUAGAAUAAUAUGAAAAUAGUUGAAUCGAAGCCAAAAUCUAGUUUAGUGCUGCAGCAAGGAAGAAGGAAGGAAAGAAGAAAAAGGCAUAUCGACACGUGGUGGUGAGUGCCGGUGAGCAGCAGCAGCAGCUGUGAAUGAUAGUUGUUUAUCGCGGAAUAAAUAGAACAACACCGCGUGAGAGUGCAGAGAGUGUCGGGCCGGGAUUGUGUAAAGUGAAGUGAGGAAAGCGUUCCGAGGAAAAUUUCUACGUUUAGCAGCACACCGGGCAGCGAAAAUAAACAUCAAAAAUGACCGACCAAAAGGACGUCCUUGCCGGGCUGAACCUGUCCAGUCUGUCGGUGAUCCCGGCGUCCACUCGGCUGCGCGAGCUCGAGUCGCUCAUCAUCGACAACGUUACCUCGAACAACAACCUGAACAGCGCCGGCCUGUCGUCGGAGAAAUUCCUCUCGGUCGAGACGCUGCUCGACACAGCGCUGGUGCUGUACGACGAGUGCUGCAACUCGUCCCUGCGCCGCGAAAAAACCGUCUCGGACUUUAUCGAGCUGAUCAAGUCGGUGGUGCAGUGCAUCAAGCAGCUGAGGCUCGCCCGCGAGGACUUUGAGGUGCUCAAGGUCAUCGGACGGGGCGCGUUCGGCGAGGUAUGCGUCGUCCGGAUGAAUCACACUAGUCAGAUCUACGCGAUGAAGAUUUUGAACAAAUGGGAAAUGCUUAAGCGUGCCGAGACUGCGUGCUUUCGUGAGGAACGCGAUGUGCUCGUGUUUGGCGAUCGAAGAUGGAUUACAAACUUGCACUAUGCGUUUCAGGACGAUAUCAAUCUGUACCUCGUGAUGGACUACUACUGUGGUGGCGAUUUGCUCACGCUACUCAGCAAGUUCGAGGACCGUCUUCCAGAGGACAUGGCUCGGUUCUACAUUGCCGAGAUGGUCCUCGCCAUAAACAGUAUCCACGAGCUGAAGUACGUCCACCGGGAUAUCAAGCCGGACAAUAUUGUGCUGGACGCGAGUGGCCACGUUCGGUUGGCAGAUUUUGGUUCUUGUUUGAAGCUUGGUCCCCAGGGCACAGUGCAAUCGAACGUGGCCGUGGGGACACCGGACUACAUUUCGCCGGAGAUUCUGCGCGCGAUGGAGGACGGCCAGGGCAAGUACGGUCCGGAGUGCGACUGGUGGUCGUUGGGGGUGUGUAUGUACGAAAUGUUGUUUGGGGAGACGCCGUUCUACGCGGAGAGUUUGGUGGAGACGUAUGGGAAGAUUAUGAACCACAAGAAUUGUUUUGAUUUUCCCAACGACGACGAGGAGUACCAGGUUAGUGAGAAUGCAAAGGAUUUAAUCAAGCGGUUGAUUUGCUCGCCGGAUUACCGGUUGGGCCAGAACGGAAUCGAGGAUUUCAAGUCGCAUCCUUGGUUCGAGGGUAUCGACUGGGAUACCAUACGGAACGGCCAGGCGCCAUACAUACCUGAAGUUUCUAGUCCAACGGAUACGUCCAACUUUGACGUAGAUGAUACGGACAUCAAGUUGUCCGACGCGGUUCCUCCAACGACGAAUCCGGCCUUUUCCGGGCACCAUUUGCCGUUCAUUGGGUUCACGUUCACUAAGGAUAGUUGCAUAUCGGAUGUCGGGAAACUGUCACGUGCCAUUAGCAAUUUAACCAAUAGUCAAUUACAGCAAUCGCUGGCUCCGCUCAAGUUAGAAGGUAGUCAACCGCAGGGAACUGGCGUUGAGAAACGGCUCAGUCCGGACAGCACGCGUAAGCUGCAGGAUGAGAUCAACAUUCUAACCAAGCGGAACUGUGAGCUGGAAAGUCAAAUUAAAAGCUUCGAACGGCAGGAAUUCACCGCCCGAAGCAGCGGGAAUGCCGUCUCGAGUGAUGCGGUCGAUGGCCAGUUAGAUGCUAAGUUGAAAGAGUACGAAAAAAUCAUCCGUCAGCUGCGGCAGGAAAAGGAUGACCUGCAGAAGGAGCAAGCGGACGCACUAGAAAGACUGAAACUACAAGAUAAGGAACUCAAAGACGCUCUUGGUCAGCGCAAGCUGGCGAUGGCCGAAUAUACCGAAGUGACCGACAAACUCUCCGAUCUGAGACAACAGAAACAGAAACUAUCGCGGCAAGUCCGAGACAAGGAAGAGGAGGUAGAGGUCGCGAUGCAAAAGGUAGACACCCUGCGCAGCGAACUCCGCAAGACGGACAAAAUCCGGCGCGAGUUGGAAUCCAGGCAUCAAGACAUACUCUCGGAAGUUACCAGAGAACGACAGCUCCGGGAGCGAUCCGAGGAUUACUGUCGACAGCUCCAGGCAGAAGCCCGCAGCCGGAGUUCGUCCGAAAUGGGCUCGUCCGUUUCACUUGGAAUCUCAUCGUCCGACUCGAUCCGGCUGGAGAUCGACCGGCUAGAAGUGGAGUACAGCGAAAAGAUCAACCUCCAGCAGUCCCGCUACAACACGGAGAUAUCCGCCCUCCGAGAUCAGCUGAACGAAGCGGAGAACCACCGUGAAAUGCUGCAGAUUGAGCUGCAACAGGCGCGCGAUAAGCUCGACUCGACACGGCUCGAAUCCCUCACCGACUCGGAGGAAACCAUCCUGGAGCUGCGCAAACGCCACGAGCGCGAAAAGAAGAUCCUGCUGGAUGAUAACCGAAAGAUGAUCUCCGACCUGGAGAUUCUCAGCGAGCAGAAUCGACGUCUGCAGAACGAGCGACUGCAAAUGGAAAGCGAUUAUGAGGAAUUGAGGAAUAAACGCCAAGCAUUCAGUCAGUGGGAACGGCAGAUUUCGGAGAUCAUCCAGUGGGUAUCGGACGAGAAGGACGCCCGCGGCUACCUCCAGGCGCUGGCCACCAAGAUGACCGAGGAGCUCGAGUUCCUGAAGCACUCCGGCUCGCUCAACCACAACGCCAGCGACAAGAACUGGCGCAACCGGCGCUCCCAGAAGCUGGACAAGAUGGAGCUGCUGAACCUGCAGAGUUCGCUGCAGAACGAGAUCCAGGCGAAGGCACUCAUCUCGGAGGAGCUCACCCGGACGCGAACGGAUCUGGUGGCGGCACAAAAGGAUUUGCGCGAAACGCGCCAGAUUUGCGAGUCGAUCGGUGGCGAGCUGAAGCGGAAGGAUAGCCAGAUCAAGGAACUGCAAGCGAGGUUGGAAACCAACGAAGGAUUCCUGGAAAGACCGUCGUCGCAAAUGUCCUAUUUGGAUCACUUCCUGAAGGAGUCGGGCGGGGGAUCCAGCUCGACAACGCACACCAACUCGACACUGGCCGUGAAUAUGCAGCCGUCCCAGCAAAAUAGUCAGCAUGUGACCUCCACGAGCUCGUCGUCGAACAACCUUACCAACACACCAAUGAACCAGCAUAACCAGAGUCUGACCUCGUUGCAUCAACAGCUGGCCCACCAGCAGAUCCAGCAACAGCAGCAGCAGCAACAACAAGCGCAGCAGCAUCAGCAGUCCCACACGUACAGUAAUGCGCAGCAGAUGCACCAGAUGCAUCACUCCAACUACUCGAUGGAGAGCGAGGAGGGCGAUGUCGAGGAUAACCGAGGCCACUCGCUGUCCAGCUCCAAGAGCAACCUCAGUGAUCAUUCUUUGAGCAUGCACAGCGUGAUGAUGCCGAAGCAAAAGGUGCACCAGUUUCUGGUGCGCACGUUCUCUAGUCCCACCAAGUGCAACCACUGCACCUCGCUGAUGGUUGGCCUGACGCGGCAGGGCGUCGUGUGCGAGCUGUGCGGGUUCGCGUGCCACAUGAUCUGCUGCCAGAAGGUGCCCACCCAGUGUCCGGUGCCGUCGGACCAGACGAAGCGCCCGCUAGGGAUCGAUCCAACGCGCGGCAUUGGGACGGCGUACGAGGGCUACGUCAAGGUGCCCAAGCUGGGCGCGGUCAAGCGCGGCUGGGUGCGCCAGUUCGUCGUCGUGUGCGACUUUAAGCUGUUUUUGUACGACAUUACGGCGGACCGGAGCGCGCUGCCAAGUGUUCAUGUUACUCAGGUAUUAGAUAUGCGAGAUCCCGAAUUUGCGGUUUCCGGAGUGCGGGAGAGUGAUGUCAUUCACGCCGCCAAGAAAGACGUUCCUUGUAUCUUUAGGAUAACAACCUCCCUACUAGACGGCGGCCCCUCGCUGCAAACGCUCAUGCUGGCGGACACCGAGUCCGAGAAGGCAAAGUGGGUCGUGGCGCUGAGCGAACUACAUCGAAUCCUGAAACGAAACAACCUGCCCAACACGGCAAUAUUCCGCGUGAAAGAGGUGCUCGACAGCACCCUCACCGUGAUACGAAGCGCGCUGAGCGCCCUCAUAAUCGACCCCGACCGGAUCCUGCUCGGCACCGAGGACGGUCUGUUCUGUUUGGAUCUGGACCGGUCGGAGAUUGCGCGGAUAGGCGAGAGCAAGAAGGUCUACCAGCUGUGGUACAUUGCCGAGGAGCAGCUGUUGGUGAUUUUGUGCGGCAAGCAGCGCCACUUGCGGCUGCUGCCGAUCCGUGCCCUGGAGGCGACCGACGUCGAGUGGAUCAAGGUUGCCGAGUCGAAGAACUGCAUCACGGCGUGCACGGGCAUCAUCGAGCGGGGUCCCCAGCCGGUGUACUGCAUUGUGAUAGCGCUGAAGCGUCAAAACACCUCCCAGAUCGUGGUCUACGUGGUGAACCGGAACCGCAGCCGGCACCACAAGAUGUGCGAGUUUACCGUCGCGUACCCGGUGCAGAGUUUGCAGGUGCUUUCGGAUCUGCGACUGGCGGUCGGGCAUCAGAGUGGCUUCACUGCCUACUGCCUGCAGGGGGAGGCACAAGCAAUGCCUCUAGUCCAUCCGGAGAAUCAGCUGAACAACUUCCUGGCCUAUUCCGGGGUUGAUGCCUGGCGGGUGAUCGAAAUUCAGUCUGGUCAAGGUACGAAUUGUGUUCACAACUUGAAGCUUUCAAUACAGUUCAUGUUGCUUUCAGCCCACGGCGAGUACUUGCUGGUGUUCCAGACGCUCGCCAUCUACGUCGAUCUGCAAGGUCGCAAAUCGCGCGAUCGAGAGAUCAUGUAUCCUGCCGUCCCUACGCAUAUAACCUAUUGCGACGGCCACCUCCUAGUCUACUCCGAGACGCAUCUGGACAUCUUCAACGCGCAAACCGCCGACUGGGUGCAGUCGAUCGGGCUGAAACGCUCCCGGCCGCUGAUGAACAACGGCAGCCUGUCGAUCACGACGUUCAACGACGCGUCGCACGUCAUCUAUCUGGCCAACAUGCAUACAAGAGAGCUUCUCAACCUGGCGCCGUUGGAUCGGGACGGUCGUUUGAAGACGAAACGAUUCUCGCUGCGUAACGAAGGCAGCCGUACCAUCAGAGCUAGCACCGAUCGCCGCUCGAAGCUGAUCUCGGCUCCGACCAACUUCAACCACAUCUCCCACAUGGGCCCCGGCGACGGUAUCCAGAAGCAGCGAUUGCUCGACUUGCCGACCACGAUCGAAACCGCCGACCAGACGAACCAGCACAGGGUUUCCACGAUGCGUCACGCUCCUCCACCGCCACGUGCCCCGCCCCGUCCAAUGAUGCACCCGCACAACGAAGGUUCGAAUAAUUCCUUCCCAGGCGCCAAACGGACCGCUCCGGCCAGACCGCGCGACCAGCCACCCUCGUUACCACGUUCUCCUAGUCCGCUGGGCAGCAUGUCCUCGCUGCACGAUGUACUCAAGCAGGUCGCCGACAUGCAGUCGGAAUCGCGGCAGAGUGUGGCCAGCAACAACUCCAGUUCGGUGUCCACUCCGCCGUCCCCGACGAACGAUCGGCUCAGCUCCAGCUACGACUCAUAGUGGUAAGAGAAAUGCUCACAACGAUUGUGAGCAACGUCCCAAAACCAUUCGAUCGCAUCACGCUCUCACAGAUAACGUUCAGUUUCUAGCUGAUCCGCAAUGAUUCUAAAUCACUUAAGUUACUUACGUGAGUCCUUUAUCCCAGACUAGUUGGAAAUUAAAACAGAAGAAAAAAAAAUACUCGUAACUAAUAUGAACUCCAUUCUGCUUAGUUCUUUAUUUAUUUACUUUCCCCUACAAACAUUUCCGACUAAAUAAUAAAGAUUUUGUUAGUGCAAAUGCGAGCUUCGAAACCCUAUUGAUCUCUCUGACAUGAUAUGACAAACCUAACUGUACUGAACACUAAAGCGGUUGUGUUGUCCCGCCGCCCUAGAAGGCGGGCACAAUCAGACGCGAGCCGCGAGUCUCUCGUCCUAAAUUGCAAUAAUUUUUAAACCUCUACUGAUAUAAAUUAAAAAAGAAACAUCCUAUUACUGCUACGCCACUGUUCUAGAAUUUUCAGCGGAGUGUUGUUGUGCAAUAUCAAAUAGAAUGGAAUUAGGCAAAGGGGAGGAAUCGUUGAUGCCGGAUCGAUUAGUCGUCCGGCAUUCAGGGGGAGGGAUAGAACGACCUUCAAUUUUCACUAGUAGGUAAACAUAGAAACAAUUAUCACGUUAGCAAACAUUUCCUGGUCGCAAGCCAACUUUUAACCAUUUCAAUUUAAAGCAAAGCAAAUAAAAAAAAACACAUCAACUAACAUCUUAAUCCUAAACAACGAGUUCGUGAACAACGGAUAAACUGAAGAAACCAGAAAUGUCUUAUCACUCCAGCUUUCCUAUAUCGUUCACAAAUUGUACACGAAUAUCAUGUAAUAAUAACCAUGUUGAUCGCAAAUACCAUAGUUGAAGUCCUGGCGUAGUUCUAUCUGUCUAUUCAUCGGUUAAACCAACACAUUACGGUAAGAUAACACACACUUCCCGCGACUUUCCAGGGUGGUUUCAGUUUUCAACUAGCCAUUCCCACAAUUAAUACCCCUUAAAAAUAACAACAAAAAGUUAGCAUUGCUAAACACCCCUUCUGUGUGUAAACUCUCAAAUUAUGUGAGACAAAUCACACGCCAAUGGAGCGAGAAAAACAAAGUCAAUAAAAAAGGAAAUUUAAUCAAAUUUACUACUACCUACUCUUACGCAACACUACUCUCGUAAAAAAAGUCGUUCAUCAACCAUCCAGGUUCACCGGAACGUUCUUUAAGGCGGAAAGAGCCAACAUCGCUUAAAGGGAGAAAUUAGAAAGAAGAAGAAAAAACUGAUGACAAUAUUUAGUAUUUCCGAUGCAGAUUUACUGUAUUUGUUGAUAAUAUAUACAAAUAGUAAGGAAGUGCGCAUAGCAGAAAAGAAAGAAAAAAACAGAUAAAAACUCUCAUGAACGCAAACUACAAAAAAAAACUUGAACCAUGUAAAAUAACACAACUAAUUUAUAAAAAAAAACAACCUUGCGUUAGGUUUCUGUUGUAAAAAGAACUCAUCGAUGCUUCACACUGUAUAAACAUCAAUUUACCAAUCGGUUUAAGUAAACAAACACUCACACACACACACUCACUCACUAAGCACGUAACUUAACAUAAAAUCAUCGUACGCGAACAAAAACAACAACACAACUCAAAUGACACACUUAGCAAAAGUAUUUAUUUACAAACUUUCUGCAUAAUUUAUUUCUCCCACGAGUGGAUUUUACCAACCAUUCAGUUCGUAUUUUACAAACGUUUUACUGAUUUCAACACAAGCUCACAAUUUUUCCACGUUUCGUUUUUACCAUUAUUCGUUUUAACAAAAAGUCUCUUAAACGUGCUGGUUUUAACUGCUGUGCCACCGCUUGUUGUGCGUUUGAGUUUAGUAUAUGAGUAAAACUGACAAAUUACAAUAAACAGGAGUAAAAAAAAAACAGAAAACAAACGUAACGAACGAAACUAAGCGAAAUCAUUUGCUGCUAUGAAGACAAAAGUUGAAGAAGAAAAAACAAAAAUCAUGGAAAACAUAAUACUUCACUAAGUUUAAGUUAGCGGUAUGUAUAGUAUAUAUAUCGAAAGUCUAGUGUUUUAUAAAAUUAUAUUAAUUGUAAAAUUACCACGACAAAAUAUAUUAAUAUACAAGCAUUGAAACAUGGAAAAAGCAUCGCA